AUGUCAUCCAGGGCAGGGCCCGACAGGAGUCAUUUCAAAUUCCAACUCCCGGAGGCUAAAGGAACAUUCAACGCAGACACGGCCACAAGCCUGCCGCCAGACAGCCUCAGAUCAAAACCGUCUCUCAAGUCCCAGGAAACAGUAAGAGAGAAGCCAGACUACAACCGGGAGGUUUGGCAUUUUAAAUUUCGCAGUUUUUGUCCCUCGAAGAAGUCUAGUCCCAUCCAGUGCCUGAAACAAAUCUCUGAGCUAUGCCACCAAUGGCUGAGACCUGAUCUACAUAGCAAGGAGGAGAUUCUGGACCUGGUGAUACUGGAGCAAUUUAUGAUCUCCAUGCCGCCAGAACUUCAGGCUUUGGUCAAGGAGAACCAAGUGAAAAGCUGCAAAGAGCUAGAAAGGAUGCUGAGGGACCACAGGAAACCACGCCAAUGGUCCAUCGUCAACUGGGAAGGACGGCUGUACCUCCGCCGAGAUCCCACGGUUAAGGAGGCUGCAGCCGUGGAGGAUGAGUGGGACCACGUGGCGUUGUCCCAGGAGCAUCUGUCGAGUCAGAGCGAGGAGCCGCCCAACAGAGGCCAGGCUAGCCCAGAGCUGCAGAACCCGUCAGAGACUGAAGAGCCAUCCACCAGUCAGAGAGAGGAAGCCUUGUUGGAGAAGGUUCCUGAGAGCAACGAUCCGGACUGGCAGAGACCUGAGCAGAGCCCGGAGAGUGACUCGGUGCGGGCCUGGGAGAAGGCCUCUGUGUUUGUACCUCAGGACCCUCAGCCCGCACAGGGUCCUGAUGUGAUGAUGCCCCAGGAAGACGCAAAAUUGGAUGCGGUCCCAGCGUUCACCCAUAUUCUAGAAAAAAGAGGUGCAGCUGCGAGUAUAGACCUUCAGAGUCCCUGCAGCCCCAGUGGAGACGAUGCCCCUGCUAGCCCAGGAGGGGGCUCCCGUGUGGACGAUGCUGGAGACAGGCAGCUCGCCGUGGUGGCCGCCCGGCAGCCUGUAGAGCGGGUGGAUCGUCGCCCAGGCCAGCCUCGGUUUGAGUGCGGCGACUGCAAGAGGACAUUCCUCUACAGGUCUCAGUUUAUCAUCCACCAGAGGUCGCACACGGGAGAGAGACCCUUUGAGUGUCACUUGUGCAACAAGGGGUUCCUGCAGUCCUCGGACCUCCGAGUCCACCAGCGCACCCACACGGGCGAAAAGCCGUACGUGUGCGGCGUCUGCAGCAAGGUGUUCGCCCACGAGUCCACCCUGCUGGGCCACACCCGCGUCCACACCAAGGAGAAGCCGUACCGCUGCGAGCACUGCGGCAAACGCUUCAGCCACAAGGGCAACCUCAACGUCCACCUCCGCAUCCACAGCGGCUCCAGGCCCUACAGCUGCGAGGAGUGCGAUGCCGCCUUCCGGCAGCAGGCCACACUGAGGCGACACGUGAAGACCCAUGCAAGAGGGGAGCCCGUGUGACUCCGUCCGGACCGAAGUUGUUUUUUAUGUUUAAUUUUUUUUCCCCUUAGAGAGACUGUUGCUAGGUUACCCGGUUCCAUGACAACACCCUGGGAGCACUUAAAAUGAUGUCUCAUCCCUUUGAAGGUCUGAGGACACUCUGUUUCACUAUGCCCGACUGGUGUUUGUUUGUUUGUUUGUUUGUGACACAGGAAUCACCAUGUGUCUCUGGCUGCCCUGGAACUCACUGUGUAGACCCGGGCUGGCUUGAAAUUCAAGUGACCCACUUCCUUAGGUAGCCCAGAUAGGCUAUGAAUUUGUGGACCCCCCCUGCCCCCACACCUCUCUGCCCACAGUGUUGAGAUGCCCCUCCUCGGGAGACUUUUGUUACACGUUGUUUUUGGUGACAGUCUCAGGCUGUCAGUAUGGAAUAACAAAAUGGGAGUGACGUUUUGUCCCCUCCUAAUGCUGUAAAAUGUGAGUUUCCAAUAAAUAAC